GUCCAGUUGUACGUCGACAACGGCGUGGCCUCUGCGAUUUUUUCCUCGUUUGUACGUUAUUUUAUUUUAUCCGCAUUUUUAGCGGUUCCUUCGUCGCAAAAUAGUGCACAAAACUUUAAAAUGUCUAAAAGGAAACAGAAUGAAAACGUCAAUUCAGUGGAAUGUGACGCUGAUCAGACUACGGAGAAUCAGAAUGGGAAAGGAUCAACGUUUGUUGUCACAGUGGUAAAUGACAGCAUACAGGGCAUGCAUGAAUGGACGGAAGAGGAGACCAACCUUGUAAAAGAAGCAGUUGAUGCUGAUGGUGGUCAAUAUAAUUGGGAUGUAAUAGCCAGUGCUGUACCAUCCAAAGAUGUCAAUCAGGUGAAGGCCUAUGUCAUGGGCAUGCAACAGCAAGAUAACUCAGCUAACCAAUCUGCCAACAUCAUUAAAGCUCCAAUUGAGAUUUGGACAGAUCUUGCUCAAAAGCUGACGAGUGAAGAUGAUAAAAGUGCUUCUGUUUGUUUGCCACAAGAGGAGAUUUAUGCAGUCCAAGCAGAAAUACGAGAAAUGAUUGCUGAUCAACAAAACAAACUAAACAAGUUAUUCUCCAGCCUGCGAGGUAUCAAGAGGACUGUGAAAAAAGCAAAGCGAUUAAAUCGAAGAAAACUUGCAGAACAAAAUGCAAAGAUUGAUACCUUGAUAUCAUUACUUGCUACAAACACUUUGCCAAACCCAGCGACAUUGUCUCCCACUGUCGGUUCAAGUGAAAAAGACAAAAGCAAAAAGAAGAUUAUCCUGUCCACGACUCGUUCCAAUGCAGCAGGAAAAGAUGCGUUGGCGUGUUCAACAGCUGAACACAAGCAGAUACUGCCAUUGAUUACAGUCAGUGGACCUACAGAUAUGGAGUUAUCACCGUAUAGCUUGGUUCCUAUAGGGCAAAAUACGAAUAUAAUGUUAACGCGACAGCAGUACAAUGACGCGUAUUAUCGUGGUAAAAACAUUCGAAGAUUUGCUGUACGUCUGGCUGAGAAAAUUUUUGGUUUGGAUGUAUUGGCUCAAUCAACCGUUUCUGGCCAGCAGACAGGACUGGAAAAACUUGAUGUUGACAAAUUAAGUGCAAUUCGAGUGGAGGUAAUGUCUCGAUUCAUGCAAACCAGUACGCUGGAUGAACGAGAGGCGAAAUGGAAAGAAUGUCUUCUCAGUAUUGGUAAAAGAUGUCAAGUAUUGCGAUCUGGUAGAGCCCUGAAGCAGGAACUCCUGAACCCAAGCUCUUCGUGCGACGAUGUAGAAAGCUUGGCUCUGGUGCCAAUUUCCAACGCAAGCGAAGAAAAUACUGCAGCUCAAAGUAUUUCCACCCCGGCUAAUGUUACCCUGGAGGUCGACAAAUCUUUAGGCGUCUCCCAAAAACCAACACCGCAGAUAAACUUAGUUCCACUAGGAGGAUCGCCAAAUGUCCUCAUUCAGAAAGAAGAUCUGAGCGAAGCUGUCAAACGUGGCAAGAAAGCGACAUUUUUAGCGCUGCGUUUAGCUGAGAAGGUGUUCGGCUAUGACGUCAUGCUUGGAUCUACGAUAACUGGCAGAGAAGGAACUGAAAAACUUGACAACGAUAAGUUGAUGGCAAUCAGAGAGGAAAUCGUUAAUCGGUUCGCUCGGGAACAACCGAUUGAACUACAAGAGGCCAUUUGGAAGAAAUGUUUAUACAGCAUCAGUACGAAAUGUAAAGUUUUGAGAGCACAAAAGCAAUUAAAUCUGGGCGGCAUUAUCUAUGAUGAUGAAUACAAUGAGAUGAAAGAGUGUGGUGAUCUCGACCUUCUAGCAAACGUCACGUGUCCUGAGAAUCAGCGCGAAAUACAUAAGGCAUUACUGGAGCAAGCAGGACAUAUAGUGACCAGUGAGGAUAAUGUUGCACAAGAGAGUGAUGUGGUGCAACAAGAGGGCGAGAUUGCAGGCCAGGGGGGUGAUAUUGUUGAACAAGAGGGUGGUAUGAUUACUCAAGAUGGGAAUGUAGUACAACGAGAAGAUGAUAUUACUUCUGAGGGUAAUAUCGUGACUGCAGAGGAUGGUGUUGUAGCAGGUACAAAUCAUAUUACCGAAGAUGAAGUGGCUAUCGAACACGAACAGGAAGUGACUGCCACAAUCCAGAUUGACCAGUCAAACGGGUUGUGUGAACAGCCCAUGCAAGUUGGAGAACUCGUUGAGCAGGAAGGGGCUUAUGUUUAGCCAACAUUUUACGGGACAUCACACCCGGCAAAAUUAACGAAGUGUACAUAACAUCAUGUCUACUGUGAAAUAUUUUAGGUCUCUAUUAACUAAUUAUGUAGUGUUUGCUAUGUUGGUGAUAAUGAUUCGUAUUCAUUGUACCAUUGUGAUUAUUAAAAGGAUUUGGUUAUUACAUUGCACUGCUGGUAACAUUGCGUUUCAUGGGCAUUAAAAAAGUUUUUCCUUAAACUGUUCGCGCAAUGCU